ACUCCUUCGACUCGCACUCCUCCUUAUUGACGAACGAAGGCGGUAUUUGAGCAGAGAGCGCCUCAGAGGGUACGUUUCACAAACAGUAAAGCCAAAUCGCUCUUCCAAAUCCGCAGUUCAUUCAUCAUGGCCUACCCGCCCCCUCCAGGUAUUUCGAACGUCUCUAGGAACACUAGUACUGCUCCGGGCGCCCCUCACCCUUCACUGCCAGCCCGCCCGCCCGCUUCAAGCAGUGUCACUACCGAAGGGGGCUUCAAAUCUUCGUUCAAACCUGCGUUUUCAACGCCAGCGCCCCCCGCAUACUCGAGCGCCCCUGGCUAUGGCACUGGGGCUCCCCCUGCUCCAGGCCAGUACGGCCCAUCUUCCUACCCGAGCUACACACAAGCCCCUGCGUCCUCAUCAGUGAGCGCAGCGCCUUACCAGAGCCGACCUACGUCCUAUCAAUACAACCAGCGCCCAAAUUACCAACAAAGCGGAUACCAUGCGACAACUCGCAACGGAGCAACGUUCGGGCCCGCGGUCACCCCGCAGAUUCGAAACCCCUUUCCUGCUCCCAGUGCAACCGCCGACUCAUCAUACGACCCUGAGAUGGCGGCGCAAAUAGCACAAUGGCAAAGCGCUUAUGCCCCGAGGGACAGCACUACCAACGUCAACGGCCCGACCGGUCCCACGAUUUACGCAGCCCCGACGGUGACGAAUCCCACCGCCCAGUCGGCAGCCGACGCCACCGCUGCCGCCGCCAAUCCGCCGGAGAAGCAAAAGACAGUGGCCCGCGAAGGCGGCGGGAAGAAGUGGACCGAUGACUCCCUCCUAGAGUGGGAUCCUUCACACCUGCGCCUUUUCGUCGGCAAUCUAGCAGGUGAGGUAACGGACGACUCGCUUCUCAAAGCAUUCGCACGCUGGCAGUCAGUCCAAAGGGCCCGCGUCAUCCGCGACAAGCGCACGAGCAAGUCCAAGGGUUAUGGCUUUGUCAGCUUCAGCGACGCGGACGACUUCUUCCAGGCCGCCAAGGAGAUGAACGGCAAGUAUAUCCAAAGCCACCCCGUCGUCGUCCGCAAAGCCAAGACGGAGAUCAAGGUCACGAACGUCAAGGGUCGGGACAGCCGCGGCGGCGGGAAGAAGCAUAAGAGCGGCAGCGGGGCUGGUGCGGGUGGUAGACAGGAGGGCGCCGGUGGUGCAAGCUACGAUUCCGUUUUAGGGCCUACGCAUCACGGCGGCGUGACCAAGCCAGGCCAGAAAACGAAGAACGGCCUGAAAUUGCUCGGUUGACGGUCAAUUUUAUCCCGCAUACAAAAAACUACAUGCUGCUAGACAGGCUCAUGAUGAGGACCUAGGGGAUAUACAGGGACAUUGGGCUCAGGCAUGGCAGGAGUUUGGUGUUUCAUACCCUUUUUGUCAAGGCCUCUGAGAGAGAGUACAUAGCCUCAAGAAGAUAAUAAUACGCCACGACUCGUUGAGUUGUAGUUCUUG